AUGGUCGCCAUCGAACAGAUUCGCAAUGAAUUGGCGCAAGCUUCACGCUCCGGGCGCCAGCUUGUCGCCGUCUUCGAAACACCUGAUGGUCUCGAUCGCAAGAUGGCUCUUGACUUUUACUCACGAUUGCGUUUCACCGAAAACCUAUUGCCCCUGCUAAGAUACGCCUCAAGCUUGAGCAGUUCCCAAUCUACGAGGCAGGUGUCACCGGCGGGUGGCCGAGUCAUAUCAGUCCUUGGGGGAGGCAAAGAGACGUCUAUCGAUGAAUCUGACUUGUCUCUGAAACUCAACUAUACCUUGAAAGCUUCCACUGAUCAUGCAGUGACCAUGACUACAAACUCAUUCCAACGUCUCGCCGCAGCACCCGAGAAUGCCAAUGUGGCAUUCUUCCAUACCUCCCCUGGCAUGGUCAAGACGAACGGGGAUCGUGAAUUGAACUUUGUUAUCAGGUUGUUGGAGUCCACGGUAUCUUAUGUUUUCAGACCGUGGAUCACGUCGACAGAAGAGACUGGUAAGCGUCAUCUUUGGGCGGCCGUUAGUGAUGCCUUCAGAGGCGGACAAGUCUACUUGCUCAACCAAAGAAGCGAGCGCGUAGAUAACUCCAAGGUUCUGAACAGAAUUCAUGAGGAAGGACUUUCCGACCGCGUGUGGGAACACACUCGGGAAGUGUUCAACACGAUUCCUACUGGUGAUAAUCACAACGCUUAG